UCCAGCCUGUGCAGUACGCAGGAAUAUAGAAAACUUUUCAGAGAGUGAACAAAAAUUGGAACUGAAAGACGAAUCCUUGGAGAUGGAAGAUAAGAAAAUUGUAAAUAUGACCUCAGCUUGGUGGGUGAUUAAAAUCACUUACCUCCUGACGGCUAUGGAUCUGACUUGCAUGUUUAUGCAGUUUGGGAUUGUGCCAUAUUUGGCAACUAACUUGGGUUUGGAUGCAAUUGGAUUUGGCUACUUACAAACAUUCUUUGGUAUUCUUCAGCUUCUGGGUGGCCCUAUCUUUGGAAGGUUUGCUGACCAGUUUGGAACCAGAGCUGCCCUAACUCUUUCAUAUUUGGCUGGAUCUCUGUGCUUCUUGCUCCUCUCUGUAUCCAUCAGUGUCCCCCUGCUCUUUCUUUCCAGGGCUCCAGGCAUCUUCAUUCAUGGAUUACCAGGUGCACAGAUGGUUAUAACAGAUUUGACAACUCCUGCCAAACGUGCUGAUGCUUUAGGAAAACUUGGACUUUGUUUUGGAAUAGGAGUAAUUAUUGGAUCUUCCCUCGGCGGCAUCUUAACCACAAAAUUUGGUGUUGCUGUUCCUUGCUAUGUUGCAGUAGCUGGAUACCUUACCUGUGCCUUGAUGGCACUUCUUUGUAUUCCUUCCCAGACAAAGCCACAGUCCAAGAGAAAUGAAGCACAACAGGGAACAUCCCAGUCCAGUAGUAUUUUUAGCCUCCAAGAAAUUAUUCGGCUGUUGACACUUCCAGGAGUAAUGGAUGUUUUCUUGAUCAAAGUCCUUUCUGUUUUUCCUACAGGAGUGUUCCUAAUUAUGCUUUCCAUCAUAUCCAUCGAUUUCUUUGGUCUGGAAGUUGCUCAUGCUGGUUAUUUGAUGUCCUACAGUGGAAUCCUUCAAAUGGUUGUUCAGGGCCUCAUAAUUGGAAGAUUAACCAGUCGGUACACUGAGCAGUCUUUGCUUAUGCUGAGUGUUAUUGUUUCAUGUGGCGUUGGCAUUGCUAUGGUCUUGAUGACCAAUGUCUUUCAUUACUGCCUCAUUGUGCCCCCCAUGGUGUUUUCCUUCAGUGUUGUCGGUGUCAUUACCGAUAUCAUCCUGACCAAGUCAGUCCCUGUUUCCGACACAGGUGCCAUGCUUGGAAUCAGUGCUUCAGUCACUCCACUGAUACGGACAUUUGGCCCAACAAUGGGAGGAUUUUUAUAUAGACAAUUUGGAGUUUCCUCUUUUGGCUAUUUACAGCUAAUGGUGAAUGUAUCUCUGGUUUUUUAUCUCUUGAAGAAGAAGAUCCCCCAGAAAGAAGAGAAAACUCAGUGACUAAUUCCAUGUGUAUUGUUGAUAUAAAGAACAAAGAAGGCUCAUGUUUUAAGCUUAUUUUAAGUCAUUUGGGUUUUUUAAUGUUAUAUUUAGAAAUAGUUUAUAUCAUCAUAAAGGAAUGUUUGCAUAAAUUGUUGGGUAUGAAUUUCCAAAGAUAAGAAAAAUAGUGUUGGAGCCAAAGCAUUUUUCUAGCUAAAAUGGCUCUGGCUGCCCUUGCUCCCGCCCCCCCAAUGGUUAUGGUUACCCUUGUUCCCUUCACUACCAUUUUUACUUCAUUUUCUGCUACAAAUUUUGCCACCACAGAAAAGCAGCUGUAGUGCCUGCAGAAUCCAGCAUCCUGAUUCAACAAUGACCUUUCUCAUGGUGAGGCAUUGUGAUCAAGAUUACCUACAAAUACUGUAUUUUUAUUAUUUGCAACUUAUAUAAUACCAGGAUCAUCAAAAUGCAGUAGUGGCAAACCCAUUCUGCAGUAAACACAUAUGUUUAAAAUGUCUGGGAAAAUACAUUUUA